AUGAUAGGCAGAAGUGAUAGUGGUGAUUGGCGGUGGUUUUGGUGGCGGAGGCCACCGAUGGUGAUGGUGGUUUCAACUGAAAUUGAAAUUGAAAUUGGUUUGGGGAUUAAUUGGCGCGAUGUUUCUUUUGCAGUUGAGUCUGCUGCAUCUGCUAUAGCCCCGGGUUCACCUGCUUCUCUUUUCAUAACCAUUAAGGAUGACUGUGUUGCCCGAGCUCAAGAUAUGUUCAUAUACUGGCGUCAACGGUGUAAGGUGAAAUGGGAUGCUCAUGGAGAUUCUCAUUCUAAGCUUUUGUUUGCCUCGGUUCAGGCUAGGAAACGGAAAAAUUAUAGUCAUAGCUUGCAGGAUAGUUUAGGUAACACUUAUUCAGCAGGUCCUCAGCUUUGUUAUCUCAUUUCGGAUUUCUACUCGGAUCUUUUCCAAGUGAAUAACCCUUCUUCGGUUCCGCUUUUAUCAGGCACAUCUGAUGGUUCCAUUUCGGCUCAGGAUAUUCGUUCGACCAUGUUUAAUAUAGCGGAUGAUAAGUCUCCAGGGCCAGAUGGGUUCUCUGCUGCUUUCUUCAAGCUCCAUUGGAGUGUUGUUGGGGGCCAUGUGUUUCGUCCAAUUGGCCUAUGUAAUGUCAUUUACAAAUGUAUUGCCAAGUGCCUCACCCAUCGGAUGCGGUCAGUUUUGCCUUCUUUGAUCAGUGACACACAAAAUGCCUUUAUUCCAGGUCGGUUAAUGUUUGAUGAAUGCAUGAUUGCUCAUGAGCUCUUGUCUUUUCUUAAUAGGACAAGGGCUAGGAAAAAGUUCUUCUUUGUAGUCAAAUUGGAUAUGAAUAAAGCGUAUGAUCAUGUAUUGGUUAAUGGCGAACUAACUCGCUCCUUUCAUCCCAGAUGUGGUUUACGUCAAGGAGAUCAUUUAUCUCCGUAUUUGUUUGUCUUGUGUAUGGAAUUUUUCUCGACUUUACUUCUCCGUGCUGAGCAUGCUCUUCUUCUGCAAGGAAUUUCAGUCUGUAGGGGUACUCCCUCGAUUUCUCAUUUAUUCUCUGCACAUGAUUCCCUUUUUUUCUUUCGGGAUUCCUUGGACACGUGCAAUCAAGUUUUGUCCAUUCUCUCGGAGUUUAGUUCUUUAUCAGGUCAGAUUAUCAAUUAUCAGAAGUCUUUUUUCAAGUUCAGUCCGAAUACGCCUCGGGACUAUCUGGACUACUUGGUUGCUUCCCUGAGCCUUGGACAAUGUCCUUCGUUUGGUCCUUACUUAGGUGUUCCGGUAGACAUUGGUCGCUCGAAAUGUUCUGCUUUAUUUCGUCUUGUGGAUAUUGUAGCUCUGUUCUUAAUUCCGAAGUCCAUUUGUCACCGGGUUGAUAGCUUAUCUCUUCGUUUCUGGUGGCGGGCAUCUGAUACGUCUCGUGGUAUGUCUUUGGCUCCUUCGUCUACUAUCCACCUUCCGAAAGGUAGGGAUGGCCUGAGUAUUCGUAAAAUUGGCACCUUCAAUCACGCUCUUUUGGCUAAGUCAGCCUGGCGUAUUUUCCAUCACCCCCAAUUAUUGCUCUCUCGUAUUUAUCAGGAUGUUUGGGUUUCUUCUGAUCUAGUGGCUUUUAAGCUCUCAAUUAAUGGGUUGGUUUGUCCUACCCAUGUUUCUUCACUACUUGAUUCGUGUUCUUACACGUGGAAUGUUGAUGUCGUUCGCCGUCUAUUUACGAAUGACAUUUCUAGUCAGAUUCUGGCUUUGGAACGUUCAUCCUCUUUGAUGGACGAUUUUAUGUAUUGGAAAUUUACUCCUGACGGCCUGUUCUCGGUUCUUUCAGCGUAUGCAAUGCUUCUCUCAAAUUCUCAUAAUGUCACUUCCGUGGCUUCUACUCCGUCUUCUUCCUAG